AUGAGUGAAGAGAAGUUUGCUCUUGAGCGGCUUGGUACUCAAAAUGUUUAUGAUGCCACACGAAUCGAAACCAUCAAUCGGGUUUACUCGUACAUAUUGAAGAACCGCAGUAUUGCGAAAAGAAAAGCCCCGAUCAGUUUCGAUAUCAAGAAGCCCCCACUUGAUCCAGCGUUUAAAGCCAAAAUGAAGGAAGUCAGAGCAGCAAUGAGGUUGUCUAAGAUCAAGACUGAGCCUGAAAAGCUGCAUCAAAAUGAUCUCGAAUAUAGCAUAAGCAAGACGGAAGAAGAUGGGCUUAGUGUUGAACCUGCUGACAAGGAAGAAGGAAACGAUGAUGAAGAUCCCAUGAAAGAUGACAGGGAAAAUAAUAAUGAAGGAGAUAAUGAACAAGCUAAAGAAGAAGAAGAUGAUGAUGAUGAAGACCACAUGAAAGAUGACAGGGAAGAUGAGAAUGAAGAAGACAAUGAUGAACAAAAUAAUGAUGAAGGAGAUAGUGAUGAAGAUGGUGAUGACAAAGAUGAUCCUGAUAAUGGCGGCACUAUUGUUGCCCACGCCACCACCAUGGAAUCUGAAGGAGACUCCGAGCCACAUGAUGAUCAACACGAAACACCACAUAGCGCUCAUGACGAUCACUCAGAUAAAAAGGAAGACUCGAGUCUGAGAUCAGCUAAUGACGACAACACGGACGCGUCACUUAGUGCGAGACAUGACGACUCUAGUCGAAAAGAAAAAGGUGUUCAAACCUCAUGA